CCGACGUGGGCUGGGCUUCGCGGGCAACCCUUCCCUCUCGGCCCAGGGCGGCGCUGCGUUUCUCGGCGUGCACUUGCUGGGCGGCGGCGACGGUGGUGAGUCCGGGUCGACGGGGCGGGCGGACGGGAGGACGGGGGUCUUCGGAGCCGGGCAGAGCUUCCCGCAACCGUGCGCCCUGCUCGGCCCUUUCCCCGGCUCUUGGGCCCGGUGGCCCCUGGCUGAGCUCGGGCGUCGCGGGCCAAGUUCCUCCCGCCCCGUCCGCCGGGGCGCUUUUGCCCUUCGCGGGCGGCUCCCUACCCCGGCGGCGGCGAAGCGGCUGCUGGUGGCUCCCGGAUCUCGAGUGCGAAUCCUGCCGGCUGCAAGCAGCUGCCGGUUGGACUGAGAUUGUGGCGAGGCUUGAAAACGGCAGGGCUUGUGAUCAAAUAGCAUAGAGAUCUUAGGGGUGUAAGGGGGCCCUGGGCAUCAUCUAGUCCAACCCCCUGCAAUGGCAGGAGUAUGCAGCUGUCCCAUGCGGGGAUCGAACCUGCAACCUUGGCGUUCUUAGCGCCACGCUCUCACCGAUUGAGCUCAACAUGCCAGAAGAUGGGGCUUUUGUCCAGGACUGGGAGGAAGCUGGAGGGCAGGACCAGCCCCAUGUUGCCUGGGGGGGGGGCGUCCUUCAACAGAAACAGCUGACUUUCAGCCUCGUGGAAUGAGCAAGGGCUGUUAGAGUAGCGCAUUGGCCGCGAGUCAGUUCCCUUGCAUAAUUUUGCCCCAUAUGAAGCAUGUUGGGCAGCAACUGGUUUGCGAUUUCCUAGUCCUGUUACCAUUCUCCGAAACCACAUGCUCGGCUUUUCACACAAGCAGUUGACUCAGUGGAGGGACUUGCUCCCUUGGUGGCAAGCGGACGCCUCUGGAAUGAAGUGUGGGCUUGACCUGAUAUGUUGUUGUUGUUGCUGUUUAGUCGUGUCCACCUCUUCGUGACACAUGGACCAGAGCACGCCAGGCACUCCUGUCUUCCACUGCCUCCCGCAGUUUGGUCAAACUCAUGCUGGUAGCUUCGAGAACACUGUCCAACCAUCUCGUCCUCUUUUCCUAGUGCCCUCCAUCUUUCCCAACAUCAGGGUCUUUUCCAGGGAGUCUUCUCUUCUCAUGAGGUGGCCAAAGUAUUGGAGCCUCAGCUUCACGAUCUAUCGUGAAGGGCUGAUUUCCUUAAGAAUGGAGAGGUUUGAUCUUCUUGCUGUCCAUGGGUCUCUCAAGAGUCUCCUCCAGCAAAUCACACCGGCUGCAACCUGCUCUGGAUGACUGAGCCUUGCAAGGGAGGUGGGCAAGGCAGUUGUACAGUUUAACUUGCUGGGGUGAAAGGACAUCAGGUUGCAGAUAAGCCGCCCCUGUGUGUUUGGACUUUACACCUUAACGGCUCUAGGUGGGGCAACUUUACACAAGGUGAACUCGCUCGCUGUUGCUUUUUCUUCCGGACCAGGCCUUCAAGUCCCUGGGCCCUCAACUUUGCCCAGACUUGGCUGCCGCACGAAGUGCAAUUUCCUUUGUCACUGAGAACAUAGUAGAGGGAAAAUCCUGCAAAAAGCCAGCCUCUGCCCUAGAGCACUUUAUAGCUGCCUCCUGGCAUCCUUUGAUCUUUGUCUUCCUCCUUUCCUACACUUCAGGCUCAGGCGGUUCCUCUGGGUGCAUCGCUGGGGUUUUCAGCCUAGGAUUUUUGCUGUUGUGGGAGGCGGGUGUUGCUUGCGAAAAGCCUCCCUUGAGUGUAUAGAUUUCAACUUCAUAGGCAAUGUUCAAAUAUAUAAAAGGAUGUCACAUAGAGGAGGGAGAAAGGUUGUUUUCUGCUGCUCCAGAGAAGCGGACACGGAGCAAUGGAUCCAAACUACAAGAAAGGAGAUUCCACCUAAACAUUAGGAAGAACUUCCUGACAGUAAGAGCUGUUUGACAGUGGAAUUUGCUGCCAAGGAGUGUGGUGGAGUCUCCUUCUUUGGAGGUCUUUAAGCAGAGGCUUGACAACCAUAUGUCAGGAGUGCUCUGAUGGUGUUUCCUGCUUGGCAGGGGGUUGGACUCGAUGGCCCUUGUGGUCUCUUCCAACUCUAUGAUAAGUUUGGCAGAUACCCGGAGAUCUGAGGUGGUUGUUUAAGACAGAGUGGAGUAUCCGGCGUGUUUGAUGCAGGCAUUUGGAGAUAGAGAAUGCCAGGGGGAAACAUGCCAGUAGUUUGAAACUGUGCUUGCACCCUGGCGCAUGGAUGUGCUGCAACAGCAGCUCUUCAUUUCUUGAUCCUGCAAGGACUUAUUGCAAAGGCUGUCUGAUCUGAACAUGCGCAGACUGACACAAUAAUCUAGAGUCAGGGGCAUUUGGGGGCACAUUAAUUUUAUUAACAGCCACUAAAAUCAGACAUUGCCCUCAUGGGGCUUGUUUAUGGAGGAGAGAUAAGAUUGUUGGCCUCUGGAAAAAUAGUCCUGUCUCUCAUUUCUGACUCCUCAACAGUAAUGUUGAUGGCUCUAGCUGUAAUAGUAGAGAAAUAAACAUGUUUUUCAUGGGGGUCAGAAAAAUGGCCGACAGCAGCAUCGAUAAAUCUCAGGAGGGAGGGAGCUCAGUAGCAGAGGCACCACCACAGAAAAGGCCCUGUUGUUACUUGCUGUUUCAUUAUAUUUGCAUUGCUUGUUGCGUUGCUUUAAUUAUUCUUAAACAAUAAGCCACAUUUGCCAUUUUACAGCUGAAAGAAGGAACUGAAAUUACUACAAGAAAAGGGGGAUAAAGAAAUAGGUAUAGGCCAUUGCCCAAAUUGAUGUGAACUGCCUGGGGCUACAAUCCUAUACAGUGGUACCUCGGGUUACAUACGCUUCAGGUUACAGACUCUACUAAGCCAGAAAUAUUACCUUGGGUUAAGAACUUUGCUUCAGGAUAAGAACAGAAAUCGUGCAGCGGCGGCGCAGUGGCAGCAGGAGGCCCCAUUAGCUAAAGUGGUGCUUCAGGUUAAGAACAGUUUCAGGUUAAGAACAGACCUCCAGAACGAAUUAAGUACGUAACCAGAGGUACCACUGUAGUUACUUACUGAGGGGAAAUUCCACUGAAUUUUGCAGGUCUUACUUCCAAGCAACAUGGAAGUCAAGCAGUGUAGGGAGAGCAAAAGAGCAGAAUAUGCCCUGGGAGGAACAUGCAGCAGAUCUGCACCAAAACUUUGUGCAUUUUAAUUGAGGAGGAAACAGAGAAUGUGGCCUGCAAUGCAGACACUGCUCUCCCCUCUCCAGAAUAUCAGCAAGGCUCGUCUCUUAACCCCACUCCGUCCCUUAACCCCUUUGGUGGUUGCACCAAACGCAAAUAAUGCCAGGUGGAUGAACGCAACUCACCCCCGUUCUGAAAUUAAGAUUGGAGUCAGCGAAUUUGGGAGGAAUGCAGACUGAGUAGAAGUUGAUUAAAGGCACAGAUAGUUCUGGGCAGAAUCCGAGACCAGGGAGAAGAGCUGGUGGAAGAAGACUGGAAGUUUAAAGACUAUUUAUAGAAAUAUUGCAAAAUUAAUGAAUGUUAGAACAAAGUGGGAAUGAAGUUGUAUGGCUUUGGCAGAAAUGUUAUAAGGAAUUAAGUAUAAAUCGAUUAAUUGAGCAUUAAAGGGAAUAAAAUAAGGUUAGAAUGUGUUAAGAUAAUUAUAGGAUAGAAAACAGAGGAAGAUGGAAAGGAAUUGCUGAAAUAAUUAAUUGAUGUGGAAUACAAAAAGGGAGGUGUGAGGAAGUCGUGGAAAUAAGCGAAUGAAAGAUGUGACAUUGAAAUUGUUUAACAUGGUCUUUGUUUUGUUUUAUUUGUCUUGCAUUGUAUUGUGUUGUUUUUUGUUUCUUGUUUCUUUUUGCUUCUUUGCUUUGUUUAACUCUUUUUCUUUUUUUUUUGUAACUUUUAAACUCUUAAUAAAUAUUAUUAUUUUAAUUUUUUUAAAAAAAGGCACAGAUAGUUCUGUUUACAAUACAUUUCAGUAUGUUCUUCCGACCCCUUACACCCAGUGCCGACAUAACAAGGGCUUUUGGCAUCAUUUCUCUACUUGGAGUUAGGGUAGCAAUGGAACUGGAAGCCGGCUCCUGCUAUGUUGUUGCUCUGCUCCAUUGUAUUACUCUCGGAUCCCUUUCCCAUUGUGCUCAGGGCCAGGAAGCUUCUCGCUGUGACCUGUUGUCUGUCUCUUGCUACCAGAGUGAUGGGUGCUUGCCUGCCCUGUGUCUCUUGGCGGGGCGGGCGCGAUUCUGAUUCUUGGGCUUGAACUAACCUUCCCCUUUCCCCCUCUCCUCAGUGCCAAGAUGGUGGUUCUCUCGAAGGAAUAUGGCUAUGUGAUUCUCACCGGUGCUGCCAGUUUCAUCUUGGUAACACACCUUGCCAUCAAUGUGGGGAAAGCCCGCAAGAAAUACAAUGUUCAGGUGAGUUGGGGGAGGGAUGCUUCAUCAAGACUCUGGGAAGACAAGAGUACGGACCCAGCAUAUCCAAUAUAAUCUGAUCAUUCUGCUUACCGUAUUUUUCGCUCUAUAAGACGCACCAGACCACAAGACGCAGCUAGUUUUUGGAGUAGGAAAACAAGAAAAAAAAUAUUCUGAAUCUCAGAAGCCAGAACAGCUAGAGGGAUCGCUGCACAGUGAAAGCAGCAAUCCCUCUUGCUGUUCUGGCUUCUGGGAUAGCUGCGCAGCCUGCAUUCGCUCCAUAAGAUGCACACACAUUUCCCCUUACUUUUUAGGAGGGAAAAAGUGAGUCUUAUAGAGCAAAAAAUACGGUAUUUCCUGUGGGGUCCGUACUUCCUUUUUUCAAGGAACCAUGUUUUUUUCAGACCUCAUGGCCAGUGGCGUGGGAUUUUCCCCCUUUGCUGGCUGGAAAGUGGGUGGAUUCCUCCCCCCUUCCUUUGGUGCGCUCUUGAGUAAGCCAUGUGCAAAUGGAACAAUGCAGGCAGCUAUUGCUACUUUCUGCCAGGUGACAUGCGGCCUCCGUGGAACCUCCAUAGUCAAAGGCAGUGUACCGCUGAGAUGGUUCUUCCCUUUAUGUCCUGCUUGCAAACGCCCAAGUAGCACUUGGAUGGCCGUUGGUGGAAACUGCCUAGCUAGACCAUGAAUCUGUUCCAGUUCUGGUGUUUGCACGCAUUAUGUAGGCAGGCCUUGAAGGUGGCUCGGGGUGUCCUUGGCAGUAGAUUUGAUCUUCACAUCAUAGCUUCCAACUCUCUCUGGUUUUUUAAUCUGUGAGGACUUGGGCAAGGAAUUUGGGAGUUGGCUUUUGCAAACGCCCACAGUUGGCAGCGCUGCACAAAUGUUUCUGAUCUGAAAGCUGCCGCAGGGGGAACGAGCUGUAUCACCGCUCUUGCUGGCUUUUGUGGUUCUCAGCUGCUAGCAACGCUUCGGGAGCCGUUUUGCAGAGGUCUCCAAAACAGAGGAGUCUUGUUAGAGACAAUUUGUGCACAGGAAAAACUUCCCCUCCUCUUCCUGGAAGGCUUUGGAGCCGCAGUUAGGAAGGAGGCCAGAGGGUGUGUCUGCUCUGCUCUGCGUUGGUGAGUCAUAAGCCCCUCUAAAAACAGCUGGAGCCGGGCUUUGUGAAUGGUUUCUCGUGGCUCAGGGAUGGGUGGGGGACUUCAGCCACAAGACUGGCAAGCCGUGUCCCUACCACUCCUCUCCCUUGGCACUCUCACUUCUGUGUUAGUUAACUCCUGCAAAGAGCCUUUGAAAUGCACUUUGCAGGCAAACAUAAAGGGAGAAGAAGCAACUUGGGAGGGGAGGGUUGCUGCUGUUGUGUUUGGGCUCUUAUUCCCCCUUGUGGCGAGUGACCUGGCUUGUCUCACUUGUUACUGUUUGCUGAACCCUUUGUUGACUUUUGCUUGGCUGCUUCCGGGUCUGGGAAAAAAGAGAGUUUCUUCCUCUGCUGCCAUGGUGGGAAGGCUUGUAGCAGAAGGCAAGGGAAAGAUGGCGGGAAACAACAGGAAAGUCUUGCACAGAAGGAGCACGCUCAGACACAAAGUUUUAAUUCACCUACCUGACAUGGUAUGUCUAUGAAUGUGUGUUUCCGGCAAAGUGCAAAACAGAAGCCCAAUCAGUCGGUUGCUACCAUGGCUCCAUUCUGUGUGUGCCCAUUGGGUGUGGGAAUAGAGUAACACAUUGAUCACUAGGUAGCACGUGGAACACUUAAACGGCUCAGGACUGCAGUACCUCAAGGACUGUCUCUUUCCAUACGAACCUACCCAGACCCCGGUAUCAUCUUCUGAGGCCCUCCUUCGUGUGCCGCCUCCUUGAGAGGCCCAAAGGGUGGCAACACAAGAACGGGGCCUUCUCUGUGGUGGCUCCCCAUCUGUGGAAUGCUCUCCCCAGGGAGGUUUGCCUGAUGCCUUCAUUAUACACCUUUAGGCGCCAGGCAGAAAUGUUCCUUUUUAACCAGGCCUUUGGCUGAUCUGAUUGACAUCCUAUGCCCUUUUAAAAUGUGGGUUGCUUUUUUGUGGGGGGCUAUUGGGUUGUUGUUUUUUAUUUUUAUUAUGUAUUUUGUGGUUUUAUAUUUUGAUUUUAUUCUGUGAACCGCCCUGAGAUCCCCUGGGUAGUAAUAAUAAUAAUAAUAAUAAUAAUAAUAAUAAUAAUAAUUUAUUUAUUUAUACCCCGCCAAUCUGGCUGGGCUUCCCCAUAGGGGAAGGUUAUAGGGCGGUAUAUAAAUUACAACAACAACAACAACAACAACAACAACACUUUUCUCCUCCAACUCCACAGUUGAUGAGGUGUGGACAUUUACUUUCUUCCUUUCUUUCUCUCUCUCUCUCUCCCCCUUCCCCCACUAACCUCCCUCAAAAGUACCCAAACAUGUACAGCACAGACCCUGAAAAUGGACAUCUCUUCAACUGUAUCCAGAGGGCGCACCAGAACACGUGAGUAGCCCUUGGCACAAGGAGUUUAAUUUUGGUUUCUUAAGUGUUUUAAUGCCUCGAGUGUUGCAGCUGCUGCUGUUUUGGGAAACCAUUCUCAGUGCAGCAAUCCCUGCCAUUCUGCCUGUAGCAGCCGUGAUAAAAACACUUGAGGAAAUCCAUAUUCUAAACGCCUGUCCGGCCUCCUGCAAUGCAGGAAUCUCACAAAAGCAUCCCUGAAAGAUAGCCAUCCAGUCUCUGCUUAAAAACCUCCAAGGAAGGAGACCCCAACACCUUCCAAGGGAGUCGAAUGGCCCUUACCAUCAGAUACUUCUUCCUGGUGUUUAGCUGGAAUCUCCUUUCUUGUAACUUGAAGCCCUGGGUUCGAGUUCUACCCUCCAGAGCAGGAGAAAACAAGCCUGUUCCCUCCUCCGUGUGUCAGCCCUUGAGAUUGCCUUUUGACUGUCGAGUGUCUUGCUACGGCCAGUGGUUUGUCAGCAAAAGGCUUGUCAGAGGCAGGUAGUUCAGAAAUCUGCAUUGCUGGAGCACAGAGCUCAUGCAACAGCCAGGAAGGUGGGUUACGGAAUCCCAGGGAAAUUUCCAGCUUGUGGAAGCGAAAUUUUGCUGACCUUUCCUGCCGAGAGAGAGCAUGCGAUUCCUACCUCAAUAUAUGUUGGGAGUCCCUGUCUUUGGACCGUUGCACAUCAACUGUGUACCUGCCUCGGCCUUCGUUUUCUCCCCUUUAUAUACCAAUCCUUGAUAUUCUGCUCUGAACCUCCUCUUAAUUCCUGUGUGCACAUCCCAGAGGUUGGAAUGGGGAAGAUGCAAUAAGGGAUACAUUGUGCAGAAGAGCAGUUUUUGUCUCCAUGGCACCCUGACAGAGCUCCAGAGGCCCGACGUUCCCGUAACAGGAAGGAAUCAUUGCAAGCGUGCAAAUUAUUCCGGGACAGCUGUGAAAUCUGCUGCCUUCCUUGCAUUCUCUUGUGAGAAUGAUGUCCUGGUCUCUGACACCAGCUGGCACAAAUGAGGGAGCUCAUUCCAGGCCAUUUAAAAACAGAAACAAAGCCACAACGCACACACCUGUCUCUGUUCUUGCAGGUUGGAAGUGUAUUCCUCCUUCUUAUUCUUUCUUGGAGUGAGCGGAGUCUACUUCCCGGUAAGUACCAAGAUGAGAGACUUGGGGGUUUGUUUUUCCCCAGCCUGCUCAGUGGGAGCAAAGCCCGGGUGUGACUGCGAAGCCCAAGGUACUUGAUUCUCUACUGAAGUUUCUCUGGAGCAGAGCUCAGGAACAUCCAUACAGUGUGGUGUAGUGGUUAAGAGUGGUGGACUCGUAAUCUGGUGAACCGGGUUCGAUUCCCCGCUCCUCCACAUGCAGCUGCUGGGUGACCUUGGGCUAGUCACACUUCUCUCUGAAGAUUUUAAUGUUUAAUAGGUUAUUGUAUUUUAGUGUUCUGUUGGAAGCCACCCAGAGUGGCUGGGGAAACCCAGCCAGAUGGGUGGGGUAUAAAUAAUAAAUUAUUAUUAUAUUAUUAUCUCUCUGCCUCACUCACCUCACAGAGUGUUUGUUGUGGGGGAGGAAGGGAAACAAGAUUGUUAGCCGCUUUGAGACUGCUUAGGGUAGUGAUAAAGCAGGAUAUCAAAUCCAAGGAGGACCCCAAAACUCCUUUACAGGAGAGUGUAAUCAAGUCCAGAACAAUUUCCUGGACACGGGAACCCCUGCUUAACUGGGUCUCUGCCUUCUCAGGACUGAAACGCCACUUAUUGGUUCCCGUUCUGCACUCCACAGUGUCCAGGCAGCUGCUCCUGAUUCAAACGUUGCCAUAGAAUUGUUGCAAGGGACCCCAAGGGUCAUCCAGUCCAACCCCUUGCAAUGCAGGGAUCUCAACUAAAGCAUCCAUGACAGAUGGCCAUCCAACCUCCGCUUAAAUACCUCCAAGGAAGGAGAAUCCACAGCCAUCUGAGGGGAGUCCGUUCCACUGUCGGAACAACUCUGUGUCAUCAUACUGCUGACCACUCCCUCCAAAACCUCUAGUGACUGCCCCCUGUUGUUCUAUAAUUAUUAUUAUUAUUAUUAUUAUUAAUUCCCCAGCCACUCUGGGUGGCCUCCAACAAAAUAUUAAAAUACAGUAAUGUAUCAAAUAUUAAAAGCUUCCCUAAACAGGGCUGCCUUCAGAUGUCUUCUAAAAGUCAUAUAGAUGUUAAAACCAAACUGGGGACAAAAUGGAAGCUGAUCUCCUCUUCCCUGUUGCACAUUCAUAUCAGCACCAGUCCUCUCAGUGAGCAGUGACUAUUUCUGCUUUUCCCCCCAGCGGGUUGCUACAGGACUUGGUGCAUCUUGGAUCAUCGGAAGACUGCUUUAUGCUUAUGGCUACUACACAGGAGGUGGGUUUAUGGGGCUGGUUAAACGCAAUCCAUUCGUCGCCUGCAGAGCUGCUCCGAUUGGACAGUUUUCCUUGGAUUCCCAGUUGGAUCUGUUGCCAAACUCUUCCAUGCACUGUGCAAGAGCUUGGAAACCAGAGCAAAUAGUUGGGAAUCAAGAGGAAGGGUCUAUCUUAUGCUUCCCCCCCCCCAUAAGAGUAGGAAGCUAUGUUUAGAAUGAAAAUACAGUGGUGCCUCGCAAGACGAAAUUAAUCCGUUCCGCGAGUCUCUUUGUCUUGCGGUUUUUUCGUCUUGCGAAGCACGGCUAUUAGCGGCUUAGCGGCUAUUAACGGCUUAGCGGCUGUACGGCUUAGCGGCGAUUAGCGGCAGCGGCUUUAAGAAAAAGGAAACAAACUCGCAAGAACUCGCAAGACGUUUCGUCUUGCGAAGCAAGCCCAUAGGGAAAUUCGUCUUGCGGAACGACUAAAAAAACGCAAAACCCUUUCGUCUAGCGAGUUUUUCGUCUUGUGAGGCAUGCGUCUUGCGGGGCACCACUGUAGUGGGAUUUUAUCCCAUUAUGCCAUGGGUAGGCAAACUAAGGCCCGGGGGCCGGAUCCGGCCCAAUCGCCUUCCAAAUCCAGCCCGCAGACUGUCCGGGAAUCAGCGUGUUUUUACAUGAGUAGAAUGUGCCCUUUUAUUUAAAAUGCAUCUCUGGGUUAUUUGUGGGGCAUAGGAAUUCGUUCAUUUUUUUUCUUCCCAAAAUAUAGUCCGGCCCCCCACAAGGUCUGAGGGACAGUGGACUGGCCCCCUGCUGAAAAAGUUUGCUGACCCCUGCUUAUGCAAUGCAAUGCCUUAACUCCAUCCUCCUUUGCCAGAAAAAGAGAAAGCCCAUACAUUCUCUGGAGCUCAUACUGAAGUGUUGACUCAAGAGUAGAGAAGCACACUGAUAAUUUCAUUGCUUUUUUUUUUUUUGCAAACCGCUUUGGGGUGGUGGUGGUUGUUUUACAAUCAAGCAGAAUACAGUGGUGCCCCGCAAGACGAAUGCCUCGCAAGACGAAAAACUCACUAGACGAAAGGGUUUUGCGUUUUUUGAGUCGUUCCGCAAGACGAAUUUCCCUAUGGGCUUGCUUCACAAGACAAAACGUCUUGCGAGUUCUUGCGAGUUUGUUUCCUUUUUCUUAAAGCCUCUAAGCCGUUAAUAGCCGCUAAGCCGCUAAUAGCCGCUAAGCCGCUAAUAUCCGUGCUUCGCAAGACGAAAAAACCGCAAGACGAAGAGACUCGUGGAACGGAUUAAUUUCGUCUUGCGAGGCACCACUGUAUAAAUUUUGGGAAAUCAAUAAAAUAAAUAUUUCACAUAUGGAACACUAGAUGAUGUACACAGGGGGUCUCAAGGUUGCACACACGCCACGCCCCCUCCAAACACCCUGAAAUCUCAAAACUACCGGACUUCUCCCCGCUUAGAAUCAGCAAGGUUGCUGGUUUUUGUUUUCAAAUUUAUUUAUUUGCAAAACGCUUAUAGACCACCAUCUCAUGCGUAACAUCAAGGCAGCGUGCAACAUUAUUUUACAAAUACAUUGUUGUGGUUGUUGUCAUCCAUCUGUCUUGAGAGGCAGUGGAGUGCACCUUCCAGGGUGAAGUCAAACGGCUGGAGAAUCACAGCGCCUGCUGGGGCUGCAGAGACUGGUAACUCAUAACUGCUGCCCCCCACAUUGUUUUUGCUGCAUUAGCAGUACCAAAGUGACCUCUCUGGGGUGCCAGCCUGGGCAGUGUGCAUGGAGGUCCUCUCUAGAAGGUGUGAGAAGGAGCAGUCUAGGAAAGCAGAAAUAGUAGUUCAUGAACGUGUGUCCUGCUGACAUUUCGCCCCCAAAGCCUCUUUAACUUUUUGUACUGAAGCCUGUGUCUUGCCUUUGAUAGGGUAUCUUGAAGGGGACGGUAAAAAAUUAAAACCUCAUGUUUUAGAGCAGGCGUAGGCAAACUCAGCCCUCCAGAUGUUUUGAGGCUACAAUUCCUAUCAUCUCUGACCACUGGUCCUGUUGGCUAGGGAUGAUGGGAGUUGUAGUCCCAAAACAUCUGAAGGGCCAAGUUUGCCUGUGCCUGUUUUAGAGGUACAAAACAACCACUGAGAAAUUUAUCCUAGGUAGAUCGCAGUGCAGUGGACGCUCGGGUUGCGAAUGUGAUCUGUGCGGGAUGCACAUUCGCAACCCGCGUCUGCGCACAUACGGGUUGCGAUUUGGCGCUUCUGCGCAUGCGCAAAGCGUGAUUUAGCACUUCUGCACAUGUGUGACUGCCAAAACCCGGAAGUAACCCAUUCUGGUACUUCCGGGUUUCGGUGGUCCGCAACCCGAAAAAACCCAAUCUGAAGCGGCUGUAACCUGAGGUAUGACUGUAUACUGUGCACGCCAACUGCCCUUUUGCCAUCCUGCGCGCUUUGAAAGUUCUGACGCUCUGGCUGGGUAGCUGAAAAGACAGGCUUCUUGUAACAAGUGAAGCUGGGAUAUCAGCUGCUCACCUUGCUUCUCAUUCCGAGAGUGAGUCGUGUGAACCUCACCUUUUCCUUACAGAUCCCAAGAAACGAAACCGAGGAGUCCUUGGCUCUUUGGCACUUCUCGGAUUGGCAGGGACCACCGUUUGCUCUGCUUUGGUGCAUCUUGGCUGGGUGUGCGAUCACUAGAUGACACCUCCUCUAUGGUUUCCUGGGAAGCCUUUAAAUCUUUCAAUAAUGCAAUUAUAUUUUAAUUAUUAAAAAAAUCAAAUAAAAGCCAACAUUAACCAUAA